AUGUCUAUUGUGAGCAUCACCCAGGUCAACGUGCUGGAUAACCCCACACACUUUGCCAACCCCUACCAAUUCGAGAUUACGUUCGAGUGCAUCGCUCCCCUCGUUGCAGACCUCGAAUGGAAGAUCAUUUACGUUGGCUCAGCGGACAGUAACGCCCAUGACCAGGUGCUGGAGUCUAUUAUGGUCGGACCUAUCCCCGUCGGUGUGAACAAGUUCGUUUUCCAGGCGGAUGCCCCCAAGCCAGAGCUGAUCCCACAUAACGAUAUUGUGGGAGUGACGGUGAUUUUGAUUACAUGCUCGUACCAGGACAAGGAGUUUGUCCGGAUCGGAUACUAUGUCAACAACGACUAUCUGGACCAAGAAUUGCGCGAGAACCCCCCAGAGCAGAUUGCCUACGACAAGCUCUUCCGUUCCAUCUUGGCCGAGAAGCCUCGCGUCACCCGCUUCCCCAUCAACUGGGACAACCCUAUGGUUGAGGAGCAGCCACCAUUGCAGACGGAGGAGCAAGUUCAGGAGAUUGAGGCGGCCCAGAAGGCACAGCUCAUGGAGAGCGGCGAGUGGGAGGACAUGGAGGCUUAA